UUGAUGUAAGUGUCAGAUAUGGCGACGUACACGGAAUAUAGUCAAGCAAGUUCUGUGGAUUCUUACAGAAAUACUCCUAAUCAAAAUAUAUCCACUGGACGACAGAACUCCGCGGAAGCACAUGUUAGUUUUAAUCAUAAAAACAAAGAAGAAGAAAAGGACAAACGACAGAAAUACUUAACGGCUAAGUAUGGACAACACCAAAUGAUGUUGAUUCGUAAGAGAUUGGCAGUGGAAGACUGGCUGUAUGACAAACUAAGGGAACUGUACGAUUGUCAGGAUGACAGCGACGAUCAUGACUGCAAACUAGAUCUGGAGGAUGUAUUAAAUCUAGACACAGAUGUUGAACGAAGAGAAUAUGCACAGAGAGAGCUGGUGAAUGCACAAGUAUCAAGGGAGGAAGUAGAGAGGUUCAUAGAUGAACUGAUAAAGAAAUCAAAAACAUUAUAAGAGAUGUUUUUGGUCACAGUGUGCUUGUGAAAGAAUGCAAGAGACAGUGAAUAUCUCAUCAGGGACUAAAUACACUUCAGCAAACAACACAAAACAGGAGUUCAUCCCAGGUCAAACUUUUGACACACACUGUACUCAUUCUCUUCUACUCAGCUACAAUUUUUUUGUAUAGUUUUUAGAAUCAACAGUAUUCAUUCACAUAAAAAGAACCUAUUCAAGUCAUGUAAGAAACUGUUAAGACCAGAUGCCAUUUUUUUAAUGAAAUUUAAAAUUACACCAAGAAUAAAUGCUGUCAUUUCUAUACCAUUUGAUUUUAAUGUACAGUGCAUUUCAUGUUUUGUCAUUUAAUUAAUAUACAUGUACAUGUGUAUAUGUAUAUUAUAAGAAUUUUUUAUAAGUGCUUAAAUUAAAGAUGCUUUUUGGUCCAGAUGGGUGGGUAUUGUUUUAGAAGCCAAUAUUCAGUUUUUUUGUUUAUUUUUUUAUUUGGUGGUUGGGGGUAUUGAUACUAGGUAAGCAUAUUUGAAAAGCAAGGCAGACUUGAACAGUUUUAGUCAUAUGAUUAUACUUAUUCUCAAUGCAUAUAACGAUCUUCCCAAAGUGCUAAAUAUCUGUAUUUUCUACCUUCUGUUUCUACAUGUAAGGCUUAUAUUUGUGAAAAUUAACAGUUGUUUGGAGGCAAUUUUUACCUAUUUUCCAAAUUUUACCAUCAUUUAGCUCCAUAAUUAGAGUUUGGUAGUUCUCUAUAUACCCCAAGAACCCUAUUGAGCCUGAUACCAAGAAGAAAAAUGAGCAGCAGAGGACACUAAAUUUAUGAUUUUCUAAUGGCACUCAAGAAUGCACUUCCUUAUAUGGGACUAAUUUUAUGUUCAAUAUAUAUACCUCAGCUUCUUACGAAAUCCCUCCAUUUUUCCCCCCAGAGCUGCUUAAGAGGUAGAUUACAUGUAUGUGCUCUCUCAUUUGGUUCAAUUUAAGUAACCAGUACUUGAAUUACUUUAUAAAUUAUCGCUAAUCAUUUGUAUAAACUGCCCUUGGUCUGACAUUUAUUUAAGAUAAUCUCUCUUGAUUCACUUUUGCCCCUGUGACCUUAAAUGUUAUUGAAGGUAACGUUAAACAAACAAUUCAGUGAUAAAACAUGUGUACAGUUGUGGUGCAAUUCACAACAGUGAAAAUUAUUACUUUGUGUCAGAAAUGGAGAGUGAGGUUUAACACGUGAUCCUCUCAGUUUUAUAUAUUGUAAAGUUAGAUGUUGUUUUGGACAUUUAAAUUCAAGUAUUUACACCUAGGUUUCAGUUUAUUUGUGUGUGUGUGCAUUUUUGCAUAGGUUUUAUGUAUUACCGGGUCUCGAAUAAUCAAAAUUAUGAGUUAAAAACCUUCAUUGUCAUAUAAAUUUUCUUGUUCAAAAGUAAUUGUUGUCUAAUAAGAAACACGAUGUUUGAAUUUAGUUUCUGUGUAUACUAGUAAUUGGCCUUGAUUUUGUAGGUUGUCACCUUUGGGUUGUGAUUUUACAUGCUCUAAGUAGUCCCUCCACCAAGUCCUUAAUUCAUUCCACAUUUUAUCCCCCUCCCUUUCACAAACAUUUUCUAUCGUUUAAACUGAAAUAAUUCAAAGACGUACAUUUACCUGCCGUUUUAUGUGUGACUUUUUUGUUGAUUUUUUUUCAUAUUUUUUUCUUUUUGGUAGAAUACAGUCGCAUAAAUGAUGUUAGUUGAAAAAGUUUGCAAGUUCAUUGUAAAUAAAUCAAAUGUACUGGCCUUUUAAGAUGUAAUUUCAGCAAUAAUUAUCAUUUGUUUUAUGAGCUAUGUGCCAAUAUACUCAUUGUAUACAAAAUUGUUUCAUUGUUUUGCUGUACAUUGGCAUUUUUAUUAAUUUUUUGAUUUAUCUUUGAGAUUUAAUUAAUUUUCUGUAAUCCACAUGUAUUUAUAUUGAUCUUGUUAAUACAUAUUCAUUUUUUUUUAAUGCAUUUUACAUAUUUUGCCAAUCUGACAUUUAAUUUCAUUUUCCUUUUGAAAGCAUCGUACACAAAACAAUUAAAAAACAUCUUUUGGGGCUAUUUUCAUUACCUUUUCUAAAAAUCAUUAACAUAUUCUUCAGACACACUACAAUGUACACUUGACAUAAACUUGACAUAAACUUAUUUUAAGCCAUUUGUAUUUCAUUUUUGUUUUUUGAAUUUUGAAUUUUGUUAAAAUAUUAACAAGCACAAAAAAUCAUUCUAUAGGAAGAGUAAAACCAUGUAAACUUGAGAUGUAUUUUUAUGUAUUAGUUUAUGAAAAUGAAUAAGCAGAGAUGAAAAGGCAACUAAAAGAAAAGCAUAAAAAUAUGAAGUAACAUCUCACAAAGUGUAUAUAUGUAUAUACAUAAUAUUUAUGUAAGUCAUUUCAAAUUUUUGUGUUGUCAAGGUAACAUCAUCACAUGACCACUAUGUCUCCUUGGCGACAGGAACAUCCUGUCCUGACUAGUCACAGUUUCUUUGUAUGUUUUCUAUACUGCUGAUACCUUUUGCAUGUUUAAGAUUAGGUGAUUUUUAUUACAGCAAUAAUUUGUUUAAGGUUUCUGUAGAAGAUUUGAUUUUACAAUAAAAAACAAUUUUAAUUUUA